AUGGGUGGCUUCUACACUCAGUAUCUGGAGAGUCUCUGCCGACGACGUGGGUGGCAAGAUCCUACGUACGAGUGUUACCGUGACCCCAGCGGCUUCACGUGCCUCGUCCUUGUCAACGGACGAGAGUACCAGACUGAUCUGGCCUACCAAUCGGACGUGCUUGCGCAGGAGAAUGCUGCCAUGAGGGCUUUCAUGGUGUGCCGCAACUUCUCGGUCAACGGAGGCAUGCUCGCUCGUAACGGUAUCGUUCAGGGCCUCCCGGCCACUGAGGCUCCUCGCCGCUCCUCCAAGAAGAGCCGCCACAUGGCUUCCAGCCAGCGUGACAACCGCCGGUCUGGACACCACUCGAGCAGCAGCUCGACUGCCUCUUUCGAAUAG